AUGUGCAAGGCAAAGUUUAUAGCAGUCAAAACUGAUAUGAGUAAAGCUUAUGACCGAGUGGAAUGGAGCUUCCUAGAGGCCCUUAUGCUUAAACUUGGUUUUGCAUCUCAAUGGGUCACAUGGAUCAAAACAUGUAUUACCUCUGUCUCGUAUAAAGUUUUGAUAAAUGGUGAGGCAAAAGGGAAUAUAAACCCAUCCAGAGGUCUCAGACAAGGUGAUCCUCUAUCACCUUUCCUCUUUAUUAUCCUAACAGAGGCCCUUGUUGCCCAACUGAAAGGAGCUGAGGAAGAAGGGAAGAUUACAGGAUUAAAAAUCGCACGAGCAUGCCCACCAAUCUCCCACCUCCUUUUUGCUGAUGACAGCUUAUUCUUCUGUAAAGCUGAUGUCCUGCAAUGUGCAGAGUUAAUGAGGAUUCUCCAAUGUUAUGGGAUGGCGUCGGGACAACAACUUAAUACAGCCAAAUCCUCUGUGUUCUUUGGAAGUAAAGUACCACAAGAUGUACGCCUCUCCCUAAAAAAUGCCCUAGGGAUCCAUAAUGAAGGCGGUAUGGGAACUUAUUUGGGGCUACCAGAGAAUAUAAGUGGGUCAAAGCAAAAGGUUUUUGCCUUUGUGCAAGAUAGGCUCAGUCAACGCAUAAAUUCCUGGUCGGCUAAACUCCUAUCAAAAGGGGGAAAAGAGGUCUUGCUUAAGUCGGUUGCUCAAGCUCUUCCAACCUAUGUUAUGUCUUGCUUCUUACUGCCCCUAGGGAUCAUUAAAAAACUACAGAGUGCCAUCUCAAAUUUCUGGUGGAGCAAUAAGCAAACCAGCCGUGGUAUACAUUGGAUAGCUUGGGAUAAGAUAUGCAUCCCUUUCGAUAAAGGCGGUUUGGGAUUUCGGGAUCUUCAAUUAUUCAACUUAGCUCUCCUGGCAAAACAGAUAUGGAGACUGUUACACUUUCCGUCAUCUCUCUUGGCGCGUGUUCUCAAAGGAAGAUAUUAUCGAAACUCCUCUCCUCUUGAGGUGGAGAAAUCAAAUAUGCCAUCUUAUGGUUGGAGAAGCAUUCUGGCAGCGAAAGAUCUCUUAAAGAGCGGGCUAAGACGAACCAUUGGUUCAGGAGAAAACACCAAUGUCUGGAGUGAUGCAUGGAUUCCGGACAGCCUACCGAGACCCCCCAUUGCUAGUGGUCUCCCUUAUGACCCUCUCCUCCGCGUGUCAUACUUUCUGGACCCAAUAACGAAAGAAUGGAUGCUAGAUAAGCUUACUGACCACUUUACUGUCGAAGAUAUCCAUCUUGUGUUAAGCCUCAAGCCAAGCACUAGAAACAGGGAGGAUAGCUUCUGCUGGACGCAAACCAAGUCGGGUCUCUAUUCGGUAAAAUCAGGCUACCUGCUUGCAGUGCAAUUAAAAGAGACCUUAAGCUCCAACCCUCUGCUACAGCCAAGUGUCGACGCUCUGAAAAGUAAGGUAUGGACCCUGAAAACGACAAAAAAGCUUAAACAUUUCAUAUGGCAAGCUAUAGCCGGCAUUACACCGGUGUGUAGUCGUCUCGCUGAUAGACAUUGUGGCAUUGUGAGAGCCUGCCCUAGAUGUGGAGCAGAGGAGGAAACGAUCAACCACAUGCUGUUUGAGUGCCCCCUGGCAAAACAAACAUGGGCACUCACACACGGCCUGCCGGAUCCGGGAAUUUUCCCGUGUAAUGCUCUCUUUUUAAACCUUGAAUACCUCCUAUGUAUCGCAACGCGUCAGGGACCAGCGGACACAGGAUUCGCACCUUUUCCCUGGACUGCCUGGUUCAUUUGGAAGGCUAGGAAUGACAAGGUUUUCAAGGGCAAGGACGUUGAGCCUAUGGAUACAUCACAAGCGGCUAAAACAGAAGCGACAGCAUGGAGAAUCGCACAAGAAAUUACAGAUGCCCUAGACGGUUCCACAGACUCCACCGAACCUCCUCCAUUCCCGGAAAACGAAGUAUACCCACGGUGCCAGGUAGAUGCAUCAUGGGCGUACGGACAAAAAAAUUUUGGAGGAGGACUCGCUCUAGAUAUGGAUCAAGAUAUUACCUCUUUUGGUUUCUUUGCCAAAACACAGGUUAUCUCACCUUUGCAUGCUGAAUCCCAAGCGCUGCUAUGGGCCAUGAAGGCGUCUUUGCAAAUGGGAUACACCUCCAUGAGGUUUGAAUCGGAUUGCCUCCAGCUAAUCAAGCUAGUUGAGGACGAAGAAGAAUGGCCUUCUAUGGCCUCUGAGUUGGAUGAUUUAUUUUUUACUCGAUCUCUUUUCCAGAACUUUUCCAUAGUUUUUAUUCCACGUACGCGUAACAUCCGUGCCGAUGCUUUGUCAAAACAAGCUCGUGGACGAGGUGUUUCUUUUUCCCAUGUAGACCCUAUUGUUCCGAUCGGUACGGCUGCCACAGUCAUUACCAUCGGUGCUUUCUAA